AUGGAGAUAUGGUUGAACCAAUCAUCCACAGAUGACUUUGUCCUCUUGGGCAUCUUUUCCUACUGUGCAACUGAUUUUGUUCUUUUCUCCAUGGUCAUGGCAGUCUUCACAGUGGCUGUUUGUGGAAAUGUCCUGCUCAUCUCCCUCAUCUACAUAGAUGAUCGACUUCAUACACCCAUGUACUUCUUUCUCAGUCAGCUUUCCCUCAUGGACCUCAUGUUGGUAUGUAACAUUGUGCCAAAAAUGGCGGUCAACUUCUUAUCUGGAAGAAAGUCCAUCUCUUUUGUGGGCUGUGGUGUACAAAUUGGCUUUUUUGUUUCUCUUGUGGGCUCUGAAGGACUCUUGCUGGGACUCAUGGCUUAUGACUGCUUUGUUGCCAUAAACCAUCCACUUCACUAUCACAUCCUCAUGAGUCAUAGAGUCUGUCUCCAGAUCGUUGGAGGAUCCUGGACUUUUGGCAUACUAGACGGAAUGAUACAGAUGGUGGCAGCCAUGGCCUUCCCCUACUGUGGCUCCAGGAUUGUGGACCACUUCUUCUGCGAGGUGCCAGCUUUAUUGAAGCUGGCCUGUGCAGACACAUCACUUUUUGAGAACCUGCUGUUUGCUUGCUGUGUCUUCAUGCUCCUCCUCCCCUUCUCCAUCAUCGUUGCCUCCUAUGCUCGUAUUCUGGCUGCUGUAGUCCGUAUGCGCUCUGCCCAGGCCCGUAAAAAGGCUUUUGCUACUUGUUCUUCCCACCUGACAGCUGUCUCUCUCUUCUAUGGGGCAGCUAUGUUCAUCUAUCUGAGACCUAAACGUUACAGGACCCCAAGUCAUGACAAGGUAGUCUCUGUCUUCUAUACCGUUCUUACUCCUAUGCUUAAUCCCCUUAUUUAUAGCUUGAGGAACCAAGAUGUUAUAGGAGCACUGAGAAAGAGUCUGGGCCACUGUAGAAUUGCCAGCCAACACUGA